AACGAAAAGAACUCUGCUGGAGUAAACUUAUUUUGGGUUAGAUAUUCCAUAGAUGAAUGGAAGCAAUCAAUAGAUGAUAGCGAUGAUAGUAAAUUUGAUGUGCUUCGAUGCCCAUUUACGAAUUUGCGGCGUGCAUUUUCUUUAUGCACCACAAAAAAUGAAAUAGAUGCGCUAGUAAAUUUUGCAAAUUCACUCGGGCCUGAUGAAAAAAAAAACCUUUUAGCAACUGGAAAAGAGAAAUAUUCGAAGCGUUUAAAAAAUAAAUUUCAAAAAAUAAAGUCGGCCGACCUGUUAAUUCCGUUUAUGACUGAGAACGAAAAUAUUCAGCAAAUAUUUGCCACGAUUAUCGAUUAUGACGAUUUUACAACUCUUGUUUAUGAAGAUCCUACAAAUCCACUAUUGUCGGGAAUAAUGGACUUUGCGAGUCCCCAUACAUUGCUAAAAAAAAUAUUUUCUCGCAGGUUAAUUAAUAUCCUGAGCAAAUUUGAAGAAUACAAUUUUGAUAACGAAAUACGAGUUUAUCUUGAAUCUACAAUAAAUAACAGCGAAGAAGAAAAACCAACUAAUAGUUCGAUUUCUAAUCACGAUUUAGAAGUAUGCAUUAAAGCAAUAAAAUUUUUCAAGCACAUUUGGCAUCAAAAAAAAUAUGAGGAUAAAUGCCUUAAUAUCAAUGAAUCAACAUAUACUGAUGAUAUGUUUACUUAUAUCAUGAAAGAUUUUUGCAUGGAAGAUGCUGAUUUAAUCACAAUAUGCGGGGAACUUGAAACAACUUGCUCCCGCCACCGUCGGCAAGGUUUACAUGAAGUUUCUUUAUUGUCGGAAAUGGAUCUUAGCGUUGGAAAUUUUGAGAACGCGUUACUUGGCAUUGAUAAAUCUAAAAGAGGUCAUAAGAUCGAUGCGGCAAUUGGAAUACGUUUAAUGAAUGAACAUCUUAUCCAAUUUCUAAUAGUAGAAUCCAAAAAACCAGGCACAGAUCCUAGUAAUGACAAAAAAAAACAACUGCAAGAACAAUAUGAUCAAAUUAAUGAAAUGUUUUGCUUUUAUGAAGAUAAAUUUAAAAAAUUUAUAACAAAAGAGUUGCUUAAAUUAAUGCACAGAUUAUUUGUUAUUGGAGCAAGGAUUUCAGAUGAUCAACUAGAGAUCACUGUUUACGAUAUUCCUGGAAGCUUAAUAGGUCGACGACGUUUGUUUCGACAAAAUGUAUAUGUACCGUCUAAAAUGCAAUUCAAACAUCAUACUGUUGAUUAUCUUGAAUCUUUAGUGGGCAUUAAGAUGUUGUUAAAAAAAUUAAAAUCACAACUUCGAACUACUGAGGACAUUUUAAAUAAAUUGGUUAAUGAAGGUAACAAUAAUGAUAAGUUACAAAUAUCUAUGCGUACUCAAACUAUUGUUAGGAAUAAUCGUAAUUCCUCAGGUGCUAUGUAA